GCAAAAGUGAAAUCAUUUAAUUUUUAUAACGAUUAAAACCCGUCAUAUCGUGUUUCGCGGACAACGAACGGUCGGUCCACGCAAGAACACAGCAACAAAAACGAGAGUCAGUAGAGUCUCGACGCAGAGAGAAGUGCCAAUCCGAAUCCAAAUCCGAAUCCGGAUCACAUGAUGGCCUCCAGUGGUGGCCAAUUCGCCUUCGUGGCCUGGGCCGUGUUGGCACUGCUGCUGACGCACAGCGGCGAUGUUGUGGAUGCAAGGCGUAACCAAGGCAACAACCAGCGCAAGACCUCCUCGUCAUCCAGCUCCUCCUCGAACUAUGGCCAUGUGACGCAGCCCAGCUACAACACCAAUGGCCAUGCCGCCGGCAAUUCGCAUGCGGAUGUGGCCAAACUGAGCUACCCCAACUACAACUCGCAGCCCAAUCGUCCGAUGACCGCUGCCGCCGGCUCCCCAGGCGCUCCGGGAUCUGCCCCGCAGCCGGGCUGGAAUGUCCCGCAGGGUCCGCCGCCCGCCUACUCCGCCUCCAAUCCCGCCGGCGGGGCUCGACCCAAUAUGCAUGAACCGCCGCCAGCCUACCAUGCCCCCAACUAUGGAGCAGCUCCGCCCAGCUAUGGUGCGGCCACCGGAUCGAAUGUCCAUCAGCCGCAGUACUCUGGAGUCCCAGCUGGAGCCACCUACUACCCGGCCGGAGGACACGGAGGUGUCGGCGGCUAUCCCUCGAACAUCCCUGCUGGAGCCACCUACUAUCCAUCCGCCGCGCAUGUGCCCAUGGGCGGUGGCUAUCACCCUGCUGCUGCUCCGCCUCCGGGUGCCACCUACUACCAGGCCGGAUCUGCCCUGCCACCCGGAGCCACCUACUACUCGGCGCCGCCCCAGCAAUCCUCCUCUGGCCUGGGCUUCGGCACUGGUCUGCUCGCUGGUGGAUUGGGCGGUGCUCUGCUGGGCCAUGCCCUCACGCCCUCUGGGGGCAGCUCCUCGUCGCAGCCGGUGGCGGCAGCAGCUCCAGCUGGUGGCCAGGAUCGCAUCAUCAUUAUCAACAACGGCGUGCCGGUGAAUGCCAGCGAUGGCACCACUGUGAUCAAUGCGGCCGGCGUGGCUGCUGCUCCGGGAGCAGUGCCUCCGGCACCAAUGCCACCUUCCAACGUGACCCAAGAUGCCCAGCAACCAGCUGCAACUGCACCCAUGGCCCCCCUCAACCCAGAGGCCUCCAACAUGACCGCACCGGAUGCUGGUGCUCCACCAGCAGCCGGCGGCAUCAUUUGUGUGCCCACCAAGGUGAACGAAACGGAUCCCGCUGACAGCAGCAAGAUGGUGGAGGUGGAGAAGAUCGCCUGCUAUCCGGCACCGCCGCCACCAGCUGCUCCGGCUGGCGAGGGACCCGCCCCCCUGGCGCCCAUGGCCCCCGUUCAGCCGGGAUCGCAGCAGGUGCAGCUGGCCCCGGAUGUUGCCGCUCCAGUCCAGGCGUCCGUCAAGGCCAACACCAGUGGUGCAGGAGCUCGUUCCUUGCCAGGAUUGACCGGCCAGACCCUCCUGCUCAUCAUGCUCAUGUCCGGAGCCCUGGCCAAGCGCAUUGCCGGCUUCUAAAGGGGCACGCUUCUGGAACGUUCCAAUUGCAAGCUGCACUGUGUGUGCACUUGCCCCCUCAAUUAAGCAAACCGAACCAAACCCAAUCCAACCCUACCACUACCUGUACCUACUGUACCUAUUGUACCUUCCUAACCAGCUUUUGUGGCCUUGGCGCGCACGGUCUCUGUUUGCGCUGCUGACCAAGAUCGAUAAUUCCAGGCGCUAAUUGGACGAAAAUUGUUAAUUUAUGGCGUACCAUCUCCGAUUACAGUAUUCGUGGAUAAACAAGUCGCGGGUUCCCAGUUUAGAAUUCCCCUCCAAAAGUCCCCCUUUUAUCCAACUCAGCCUUCAAUUGUGAUGAUUGCGAUGGGCAUGGGCAUGGGAAUGGGAAUGGGACACCCCCUAACCAGCCCAGUGUGCUCGAAAACAAAGCAAAAACAUUCGAAUAUCUCAGUAUAUAAUAUAUAACCCUAUAUAUAACCAUCUUACUCAAAAGCCCUUGAAGAAAGACAAAAUGAAUGUAAGUUCGUUCGCUCACUAAAAGUGUAUAUUUUUCUAGAAUUGUUAGCGUAAUCGUAAUCGUAAUUGUUGCUUGUUUUAUUUUUGUAUUUUUGUUUGUUUUGUUGUAAGCAAACGCGUAUUAGUUGCACUCCUCAAUUGUUGAAUAAAAUAAAAGCUUUCGCCUACACCCAUAGCACUCGA